CGAACAAGCUCAGCCAGAGGCGGUUCCAGAUAGCGGGGAUGCAGAUAAAUACAGCCGCUGUGGCCAAGAACAUUAGUUUACUGCUCGGCGUGACUCGGUGCACGUCCACGCCUUUGCGCAGGUCGUCGCACGUCCGGUUCUUCCACCGACGGAACCAGAGCCGCGAGCAGCGGCUCCUGGCCAUCCAGCAGGCGGCCUCGGCGGCCAGCAGAGGCCAACACCUGUCGCGCGACAUGAAGGCCCUGCUCACCAACCUGUCGCCCGCCGAGCGAAGGCUGGUCGCCAUCAAGAACAACCUCCAGGUGACCCCGGGCCACGCGGUGCCCUUCCGGCGGGUGCGGUCGCAGUCCGUGAUGUUCCAGGCUGACCCCAGCCGCCGCAGCCCCGUGCGCGCUCGAUCGCUGUCGGUCAGCGACUUCGGCGAGCGGCCCCGGCUGCAAAGCUUCGGCGCUCCGGGGCGGCUCACGGCGCACGAGGAGGACGACCGAUUCCGUAGGUACACGCGCCAGGUGUACGUCCUGUUCGCGGUGCUGGCUGCGGUCGUCGCGGCGGUCGCCUGCUACACCUUCCAGAGGAUCCGACACCGGAAGGACCAGCAGCUGCACGACGCGGCACAGCAGCUGGACUUAUGAGCGUCCUCCUACGGCAAGCGGACACGUCCCGACUAGCGGCACUUCUGGAAGCAGAUUCGAUCGAUCGGUAGGUAUCCCGGCUACUGUCAGGAAAGCUGGCUAUGCACUUGCGUGGAGCAUCAAAGCGAUGGUAGCCGAGCGCAGCCGGCGACGCCAAGGACCCUUCGGAACUCGGCAGCUAGCGACGUGGCACACCUCAGCUGCUGACAAGAAAGCGGCACGCACUCAUGGUUCGUGAGGGAGACCAAACCGACCUUGGCCGGAGGACGACUCUUUUAGAAAAUCAGUGCUAUUGCAUCGUGACUGACGAUGACGCAUUCUUGCCACCGCCAGGAAAACGGUAUAUACUGCUCUCCACGUUCGCCCAAGACGUCGUGGCGGACUGACCGGUAUGGUUGCCGGCUGCUAUUUCCAAAGACGUAAAAGCGAGAGCGCAUUUGCCACUGCAUGGUUGGUGACUGCAUCGUGUUCCUGACUCGUGUUUUCGAGCUAUAGUCGCUUUGCGCAUGUUUAGUGGAAACGCUUGGGAACAGAUAUGUUGGCUGCACUCGAGAGACGGUUUAUUCAAUCUUCCCUUCAACGCGGCUUCGUCGAGGUGACGUCAUUGUUUGGUAUGACCGCUUUUUUCAGCAAUCUAUGUACAACAGGAAAUCCUGGCGCUCUUACCCUUCCUUCUUAUAAUAUGCAAACCCUUAACAGCGCGUGUGCAUACACUGAACGUGCAACAGUAAUUCUCUCAUUCAUGUGACGCACUGUUUUACGAUGAUUUAAUGACUGUCUUUCCAUAUGCCACACGCUUCUCGUAAAAAAAUCACUUGGUACGAUAGUAUCCAGGGUGUCCAACAAUCAUGCACGAAGAUUUAAAAGUAUGCAAAUGCCACGUAGCUGGACAGAACCAAGAUAAUGUUGUUUGCCGUCGCUUGUCGAUACUCAGACUAUAUUUUGCAUUCCGCCUAAUGACAUAGUUCUAAUUAAUUGAUCAACUUCUCAAAUGUAAUUAGAUGAAAAGUGCCAAUGAGAAAAUUGUAGAACAUGAAAAACUACCGCUACAGCUUUCUGUUGCUCAAUACGUGCUACAAAAGUGUCUUCCGGGCGUGCAAGAAGCCCGCGAAUAUACGUAAAAUGUCUCGAGCAGCCAGUCGCGCGACAAUUUUGCGUCUAUUGGUGGGCUUCUUUCAGGCUCGGAAAAAUUUUUAUGCAGCACGUAUUGAACAACAUAUAGCUGUAUCGGGAGUUUUUAAUGUUGCUCUAAAAUUCUCUCAUUGAUAAUUUUCAUCUAAUCAUAUUUGAGUAGUUCAUCAAUUAAGACUAAUUUAUGUAAUUACGCGGAAUGCAAGAAAAUAAUCUGUUUCCAACAGACGCCAAACUACAUUACCUUGAUUCUGUCCAGCUACUUGCCAUUUGCAUACAUUUAGAUGUUCGUGCACGAUAGUUGGGACACCCUGUAUGUUGGGCCGUGCCAACCAGUCUGUAAUGUGCAAGGCGCAACAUAAUUAUGCUUGCUACCUGUCGUUCGGCGUCGUCGGCACCUGAUGCUAUGUCUUCUCUUUCUUAUAGCAAUACCUCUCAAUCGCCACGCCUGCCCUCUUAACCAAACACGCACCGUAUUUUCACACUACCGUGUAUCACCACGCACGCUUGUGACCAACGUGACGCCGCCUGAGACUGUACCGUUUUGUGAUGUGCUCUCCACGGCUGCUGCUUAACGUGACACUCGGAUAGCGGUUGUACUUCGCGAGAUGUAAUCUGUCGGCUGUACUACCCCCUUUUCCACUCUGCACUUGUUUUCUUCACCAUGACGCAGGGUUAUUCUUUGCUCUGAUGAACUGUUAUCCGUGAUCAACAAUGCUAGGCCAUGCCGAGCUGGCACAAAGCAGAAAUCUGCAUUCGCGUAUGCGUGGUCAACCUUUCGACCACCUGGUCAUCAAGCUGUCCGUGUUGUCUGCUACUGUAUUUCAGCUUUCAUAUACAGUGUGUUUCAGCGAACACUUUAAAAAUCAUUAAAGGUUGCCUGCGGCAGAGAGCACAAUUCUA